GAAAAGAAGAAGACUCAAAAGACUCAGAAGAAGAAGAAGAAGAGUCAAAGAAAGAAGCAUGGCAGCUGAUAUGAGAUUACCAAUUAUUCGAAAACUAGUGUCAGUUCCUGCUCUGGACCGGAAAGAUUUGGUCGUCCCCGGCGAUGUUAUCACUUCAGACACUGGUUUCAUGAGGGGUCAUGGUACCUAUGUUGAUGAAGACAAGCUGACGGCUUCAGUCGCUGGAGAGGUGCAGAGAGUAGACAAGCUGAUCUGUGUCAGACCACUUAAGACCAGGUUCAAUGGUGAGGUUGGAGACGUGGUGGUUGGAAGAAUCACAGAGGUGCAACAGAAACGGUGGAAGGUGGAGACCAACUCCCGGCUGGACUCUGUCCUCUUGUUGUCUUCCGUCAAUCUGCCUGGAGGAGAGCUGAGGAGAAGAUCAGCAGAAGAUGAGCUCACCAUGAGAGAAUACCUUCAGGAGGGCGAUCUCAUCAGUGCAGAAGUGCAGUCUGUCUUCUCAGAUGGAGCCCUAUCGCUUCACACUCGUAGUUUAAAGUAUGGAAAAUUAGGUCAAGGAGUGCUGGUACAGCUUUCUCCAUCUCUGAUCAAGAGGCAGAAAACCCAUUUCCACAACCUGCCAUGUGGUGCAUCCAUCAUCCUUGGGAAUAAUGGUUUUGUGUGGUUGUAUCCCACACCGGGACAACAGGAGGAGGAGGCUGGGGGCUUCUACACCAGUUUGGAGCCGGUUAGCCUGUCAGAUCGAGAGGUGAUUUCACGGUUGAGGAACUGCCUGCUAGCGUUGGCUGCCCACAAGGUCCUCUUGUAUGACACCAGUGUUCUCUAUUGCUAUGAAUCAUCACUUCAGCACCAGGUCAAGGACAUCUUGAAACCAGAAGUGAUGGAGGAGAUUGUAAUGUUGACACAACAGAAGCUGCUGGAACAGGAGGGUUAGAGAGCACGAAUCUGAACUGUGACCUUGUCACAAAACUAGGAUCACAUCAAACAUAUAUGUCAAGGUCUAACCACCUACCUGAAGACUGAAGUGGCAUUUUUUUUUAAAAACAGAAACCUCCCCAUUGCGGCAGCCUGGCAGUCAGGCCGCCCAAAGUUUAUUUUAUGAAACAAAACUGCUGAUCAUUAUUUGACUGCUAGUGAUAAGGAUGAGUAACUUUUAAAAUACUGCAGCAUUCAGAAAUCCUUUGAGCAGCCGUUUGUACGUUUUACAGAGGUAUAGCGGAACACUUUUGAUAAUGUGUGAGGUUAUACAAAAAAACUGUUGUAUACAAUAAAUUUUCUAUAAUUUUCAGUA